AGUUGGUCUCUCGCUGUAGGUAAACAUGGCGUAACUGCAGACGAUUUUUAAAAGAGCAGACCCGCUCUUUCUGGUGAAAAUGGUCGACUGGAACCGGAUCGCGAAGGUGUACGACCCGCUGAAGGCGGGCAGCAUCGACGGGACGGAUGUGGAGCCUCACGACCGGGCGGUGUGGCGCGCGAUGGGCGCGCGCUACAAGCCCAACAAGGGCGUCGUGGGCGACCCGCUGCUGACGCUUUUCGUAUCGCGUUUGAACCCCCAGACGACCGAGGAGAAACUGCACCAAGUGUUCGCUAAGUUCGGGGACAUCCAGCGGCUCCGGCUCGUCCGGGACAUCGUUACCGGCUUCUCCAAAUGUUACGCCUUCGUGGAGUACAAGGAGGAGCGGUCGGUGGUUCGAGCCCGCCGCGACGCCAACAAGCUGCUGGUCGACCAGCACGAGGUGUUUGUGGACUUCGAACAGGAGAGGACGCUCAAUGGGUGGGUGCCGAGGCGGCUCGGAGGCGGACUGGGAGGGAAGAAGGAGUCCGGGCAGCUGCGGUUCGGGGGCAGGGACAGGCCUUUCCGCAAGCCCAUUAACCUCGGUGCCGGCCCGGAGCAGCAGCGCGGAGGCGGAGGGAGGGACUGGGACAGAGGGGACCGGAGAGACCGGGAGGGAGGGGACCGGUACCGAGAGGCGGACUGGGGCAGCAGAGACAGGAGAGAUGAUCGGCACAGAGGCAGAGAGAGGGAGGACCACCGGUAUAGAGACAGGAGCAGACACCGGGACCGCAGAUGAAGAUGAUGAUGAUGAUGAUGAGUCUGGAAUCGGUUUGUUCCAGAUGCAUCAAGGCACAGCCCCGCUUUCUCACUGUGGAUCCUCAGAAGCUGGACUUGCUGAUGGUCUUGUUGGGGUUUCAUAAUUCUAUUCGGUUGUUUCGAAAUGCAUUCUAAGCUUCACGACCUUCUCAUCAGUGGUUCAAACUGAUGCAACAACUUGGAUGAACAGUUUGGAUGCCUUGCAACAUCUGCUGUGAAUGGUAUUUUUUUAUAUCCCAAGAAAACCAAAUUUAGCUACUUUUCAAUAAAAGCUGUCAUAUUGCAACUAUGGCUUGUUUCAAUGCUUAAGACAUUUCAGCAUUAUUACAGCAUGCUAAGAUUUUAGUUGUGUUUACAGUAAAAACAACAGACAAUCUGAGAUUGCACAUGAGCCUUUGGCUUAUUCUCAGAUUGAUCAGAUCACAGUAUGCAGUAAUUACUCUUGUGUUUGAGCAAAUGUAGGUUAAUGUCUUUUCCCGCUCAUUAAAAGCAGAUAAAGUUUCCGUUGUGACUCACCAGAUGAAUUGUUUUCUCUCAAAUUCACCACAACCGCGUCUGAAGUCAUCAAUAUUCAGCCUGAAUGGUCUGGAUUGAGCAUUAGCUUAUUACAUUAUUUCCAAUGACUUCACUGCACAUCCUGUUGGUUUUUUUUUUCUGUCUCAGCAUUAUGACUCCAUUAGCUCACCAGAUCGACUUCCUGCUGGGAAAUUCAUCACCCGUUGGUCCAAAAUCAAGAUGAGUCAAGAGCUGAAGUAGAAGA